CAGUGAACAAGAGAGAAAGAAAAAUAGAUAAAAUUAAAAAGAGAAAAUAAAAUAUACACACAUUGACAACAAUCAUAAACGUGUGUGUGUAAUAUUACCAAACUCUUGAGAAACAAAAAAAAUAAAAAAAAAAGAAAUUGGCUAUGAAUUUUGUUUUUCUUUAUCUAGCCAAAAUGAAUAAAUAAUUAAAUAAAAAUAUCAAGUUCAAUGUGGCAAUAUAUAUUUAAUCAAAGUACCCAACAAGUUCCUUGAAUCUUGUGUCCUUGUUCCCUCCAUUUUUUUCAACAUCAAGUAUCCUUAGUUUUUUUUUUUUAUUUGUUGCCUUUUUUUUUUGCUUCAGUAUUUCAUUCCUUCCCCCAAGCUAUUCCAACAACCGACCAACGACAUUGACAUCCGACAUCGUAGUGAAUUAAAUAAAAAUAAAUAAAAAAAAUUUUGAUGCGCGGGUAAUAACUGUGUGAUAAAAAAAAAAAAAGGAAAAAAGGAAAACAUAUUAAAAUAAAAUAAUACACAUAAACCGCAUAAAAGAAAGACGACCACCAUACAUCCUCGUCAUCAUCAUUAUCAACGACAACGUCAUCGUUAAUUUGGAUUUUGGAACAACGAGAAUCAAGUUAUCAAUAACUUGAUACAUAUGUACAUCCGGGCCUGUGAUUAAAAAAAAUAUUAAAAAAAAAAAACUUCAAGGAUUACACUGGGACAAAUAAUAAUAACAAAAGGAUUAUAAUUUUUUUUUUUUUUUUUUAAAUUUUAUAAACAAUUAUAAUGGCAAAGACAUAUGAUUAUUUAUUUAAAUUAUUACUCAUUGGAGAUUCUGGAGUUGGAAAAACUUGUGUACUCUUCAGAUUUUCUGAAGAUGCUUUCAACACAACUUUCAUCUCUACAAUUGGUAUUGACUUUAAGAUACGAACAAUAGAACUUGAUGGAAAAAAAAUUAAGCUACAAAUAUGGGACACUGCAGGACAAGAAAGAUUCAGAACCAUAACAACAGCUUAUUAUCGUGGAGCAAUGGGAAUAAUGCUUGUUUAUGAUGUAACAAAUGAAAAAAGUUUUGAAAAUAUAAAAAAUUGGAUUCGUAAUAUUGAAGAAAAUGCCUCGGCAGAUGUUGAAAAAAUGCUUUUAGGUAAUAAAUGUGAAUUAGUUGAGAGAAGAGCUGUAUCAAAAGAGAGAGGUGAUCAAUUAGCUGUUGAAUAUGGUAUUAAAUUUAUGGAAACAUCAGCUAAAUCAAGUAUCAAUGUUGAAGAAGCAUUUUAUACACUUGCACGUGAUAUUAAAGCUAAAAUGGAAAAAAAAUUGAAGGAAGCAUCAAAUCCACCAAAAAGUGGAGGUAAUGUUUUGAGAAUGUCAGAGCAAACAAGAAAGCCACAAAAUUGGUUGUCAAGAUGUUCUAUACUUUGACCUUUCAUCUUCAAGGCUACACUAUCAACUGAUCAUAAAUUUUUUUUUAACAUUUCAAAUUUGAUUUUGAAGAUUAAUAUAUCAUCGAAUCACAGUUCACGGUGUUAUUCAAGUCCUUGAGUGUUGAGAUGACACACAUCGCAACAGAACAAAUUGAAUAAAUUUAAAAAAAAUACUAAAUUAAAAUCAAAUGUGAUUCUCAAUAUGAUUUGUUUUUUAAUAUGGAAAAAAAGAUAGAAAAUGAAAAAAAAAAAAAAAAAAAAAGAUUAAAACAUAAUCGUUUAGUUAUUAUUUUUCAAAACAAUUAAAAAAAAAAUCGGGAACACAGGGGGAAUGGUUGCCGUUGACCAAAUCCACUCUUGCACAGUACUCUUUUUAUGAUUAAUAUAGCGGUAAUAAAAUCUCUUGCAAAAUAGUAAUAAGAAUAAAUAAAAAAAUAAAAAAUUUAAUUAAAAAUACAAUCUAUUUGACAAUGUAACCGUAAUUUUGUAAUAUUUUUUUUUGUUUUUUUGAUUAAACUUUACGGUUUUUUGUAAAGUAAAAAAAACAAAAAACAAAUUAAACAAGUUGAUUUUUCCUUAUUAAAGGUACAUCUCACGAACUAAUUAAUAAGAUAAUAUUUUUUUUACAAUAAUUUAAUAACACCUGCUAAUUGAGAGAAUAAUUAAGAGAAAAAAAAAAUUAAUAUUCUCUCAUUUAUCAUGUAAAUUAAAUUAUAUAAAAAAAAAGAAAAAUUCUUUGAUAAUAUAUUCAAGGCCGGAAAUUGUAAAAUCUUUGUGUUUUUUAAAUUUUAUUAUAGAUGUUUUUUUUCCACAAAAAAAAGUUGGAACAAUAGUUAAUAUUUCAUAGUUAAUUAACAGAAUUAUUAUUAUUUUUUUUUUUCGUUAAUAUUAGAAUAAGCAAUGUUUGACGGUGAAAAAAUCAACACGAUAAAAUUGAAAUUUCGACUGUACAGACGCGUUUUGUGUUGAUUUUUUAAAUUUGCUUUUUCAUUCUGCAAAAUGUAUCUCGUUUCAAACAUGCAAAAAAAAUAAAUGAC